ACCCAACAAGUACAAAGCUUUGCUUCCAGAUUCUCCAAACUAAACUCUUCACUUCAACUUUCUCUCUCUAAACUUAAAAAGUAACAAAAAGGGUUCUUCUUCAUUCACUCUUACACCAAAAAAGUUUCAUGCUUUAUUCACUCUCCACCAUCUAUCUCUUUCAUAAACAAAUCACAUUGUUAUUUUUUUUUUGGUGGGGGGUGUAGAAAGUAAGUCUUGAACUUGAGAAUGGUGCAUGUGUGUUAGUGAACAAGUUUCAAACUUUCUUCUUGAUACUUUCUGGGUUUGGUUUGGAUUUAACUGGGUCAUCUUCAGUUUUUCUAGAAACCCUGAUGGGGAAAAAUUAUAUGACACAUUUGGUGUUGUUUUUGUUGCUUUGUUUAGUGAUUUUUGUACCUUGUUUGUGUCAACAAGAUGGUUUUGAUAAUGCUACUACUUCUGUUUAUGUUGUUACUUUGAAACAAGCUCCUACUUCUCAUUACCAUGGUGAUGUAACAAGUUUGAAUGAUAAUGAUGGGUUUAAAGAUAGUGGAAGAACUCAAUUUCAGAAACCAAGAUAUGCAAAUAUUACAAAGACGGAUAAGAGAUUUAGCUCAUAUGUUACCCGAGUGCACGAUUCAUUGUUGAAGAAAGUGUUGAAAGGAGAGAAAUAUCUGAAGCUCUAUAGCUACCAUUACCUGAUUAAUGGAUUUGCUGUGCUUGUUACCCAACAGCAGGCAGAGAGGCUAUCAUGGAGCAAUGAAGUUGCCAAUGUGGUUUUGGAUUUUUCUGUUAGAACUGCAACUACACAUACUCCACAAUUUUUGGGUCUGCCACAAGGAGCAUGGUCUCAAAAUGGUGGAUUUGAAACAGCCGGAGAAGGAGUUGUUAUUGGGUUGGUUGACACCGGCAUAGAUCCAACACACCCUAGUUUUAGCGAUAGUAAAUCUGAAAAUCCGUAUCCUGUUCCUGCUCAUUUUUCUGGUAUCUGCGAGGUUACUCGUGAUUUUCCAUCUGGCUCUUGCAAUAGGAAACUUGUUGGGGCACGACACUUCGCAGCAUCUGCUAUAACCAGGGGAAUUUUUAAUAUGUCUCAAGACUAUGCUUCUCCCUUUGAUGGCGAUGGCCAUGGCACGCAUACCGCAUCUGUUGCAGCAGGAAACCAUGGGAUUCCAGUGAUUGUUGCUGGACAUCACUUUGGGAAUGCUAGUGGGAUGGCUCCUCGUUCACACAUUGCUGUGUACAAGGCAUUAUACAAGAGCUUUGGAGGAUUUGCUGCAGAUGUUGUUGCAGCAAUUGACCAGGCAGCUAUGGAUGGUGUCGACAUAAUAAGUUUAUCGAUCACUCCAAAUAGGCGUCCUCCUGGUGUCGCAACUUUCUUUAAUCCUAUAGACAUGGCAUUGCUGUCAGCUGUAAAGGCUGGUAUUUUUGUUGUGCAAGCUGCUGGAAAUACUGGACCAUCACCAAUGAGCAUGUCUUCUUUCAGUCCAUGGAUUCUUACUGUUGGCGCUGCCUCUCAUGAUCGGCUUUACAGUAACUCAAUAUUCCUAGGAAAUAAUGUGACGAUACCUGGAGUUGGACUUGCACCUGGAACAGAUGAAAACAAGCUUUACAGACUAAUUCAUGCACACGAUGCUUUGAACAAUGACACAACAGUCACUGACGAUAUGUAUGUUGGUGAGUGCCAAGAUGCAAGCAAGUACAAUCACGAUUUGAUCAAAGGAAACCUUUUGAUCUGCAGCUAUUCAAUUCGAUUUGUGCUUGGUAUUUCCACUAUCAAACGAGCUUCAGAAACAGCCAAGAACCAUAGUGCAGCUGGUGUUGUCUUUUAUAUGGAUCCUUAUGUGAUUGGUUUUCAGCUUAACCCAGUUGCAAUGAAAAUGCCUGGCAUAAUAAUUCCAUCUACAAAUGACUCAAAGAUUUUAAUGCAAUACUACAAUUCUUCGUUGGAAAUAGAUUCGGUUUCGAAGAAAGUUGUUAAAUUUGGGGCUGUUGCUGCACUCUGUGGUGGACUAAAAGCAAACUACAGUUACGGUGCCCCAAAGGUUAUGUAUUACUCUGCCAGAGGACCGGAUCCCGAGGACAGUCUUCCUCGCCAAGCAGACAUUUUAAAACCUAACUUGUUAGCUCCUGGAAAUUUUAUAUGGGCAGCUUGGAGUUCUCUUGGAACUGACUCAGUUGAAUUUCAAGGGGAGAAUUUUGCUAUGAUGUCUGGCACAAGUAUGGCUGCACCACAUAUUGCAGGUCUUGCUGCGCUAAUUAAGCAAAAGUUUCCAAAUUUCAGUCCCGCGGCCAUUGGUUCUGCACUUUCGACUACUGCUUCUCAGAAUGACAAGAGUGGUGGACCAAUAAUGGCUCAGCGAUCAUAUGCCUUUCCAGAUCUAAGCCAAACUCCAGCUACUUCUUUUGACAUGGGAAGCGGUUUUGUGAAUGCAACUGGAGCAUUGAAUCCGGGUUUAAUCUUCGAUACCAGUUAUGAUGAUUACAUGUCAUUUUUAUGUGGUAUCAACGGUUCAGCUCCUGUGGUACUAAACUACACUGGUCAAAAUUGCGGCAUCUAUAAUUCAACUCGAUAUGGUCCUGAUCUAAACUUGCCGUCAAUCACUAUCGCAAAGCUAAACCAAUCUACAUCGUUGCAAAGGACAGUUCAAAACAUUGCUGGAAAUAAUGAAACAUACAGUGUUGGUUGGAGUGCUCCUUUUGGUGUCUCGGUAAAAGUAACUCCGACUCACUUUUCUAUUGCCAACGGCGAAAAGCAAGUGUUGUCUGUGAUCUUGAAUGCAACUGCUAAUAAUUCUGUUGCUAGCUUUGGGAAGAUUGGUCUGUUUGGUAAUCAAGGCCAUGUUGUUAACAUUCCUGUUUCAGUUAUUUUUAAAAUCUCAUAUAAUAACAUCACUACUAGCUAACUAAUAGAGAUUGAAAUUUUUUGUUGUUUAAAGUAAUUAAUUAUUUAGUGUAUUUAUGUGUUUUUUGUAGUAUUUUUUGGAGUCUCGAAAUGUAUUAACUCUUUAUUCAUUCAUUAUUAUGUAAAGCUCUUAUAGGUUUUUCUUGUAUAAAAAUAGAUGUGAUCAGUCCUUGGAUCAGGGUUUA